UGAAAUUUUGCGCAAAUCGUGUCUCUUCAACUUUGCCCAAAAUCAUAUAUCACGAUACACGAUAUGUGCAAAUUAUAUUCCAAGCAACACCACAUCCUACAUUUUUCGGUAUUUGAGCAGUGUAUUUAAUUCUUGGCAUCCCUAAUCCAAACAUCAACAAUAGAGUAUUAUUCUUUUUGUUCCCGGCUGAUUGCAUGGAAUUUCGGAAUUUCUCGUACGGUUGCAUUAUUUAGGUUAAAUUGUUUAGAAUAGGUAACUUAUUAGCUAAAGAUAAUGGCUUUUGUAAUUCGUUUUGCCAAAAGUGUUCGAAAUAAUUGGAAAAAGUCGGUAUUCUUGGCCAGUGCCCUCGGAUAUGGAGUGUCCUAUUCUAAGGAAAAGUACGAAAUCAAACAACUUAUGCGAUAUUACUGCACGGAAGCAUCCAGGUACGGCGAUGAAACCACAAAGAUUGACAAACCUCUUCAAAAGAUUCUGGUGUUACUUAAUCCCGCAGCAAAUCGAAAGUCCUCCGAAGAAGACUUUCAUGAUUACUGCGAGCCCAUACUGCAUUUGGCCGGCUUUGAGGUGGACGUCGUAAAAACCGACUCGGAGGGUCACGCAAGGCGGUACGUCGAAGAGUUGACAACGUUGCCGGACGCCAUUCUGGUCGCGGGAGGCGAUGGAACCGUGUCGGAAGCCGUUUCUGGCCUGAAACGUCGUCCGGAUGGUUCCCAGUGUCCGUUGGGGUUGCUUCCCGUUGGGAGAACCAAUCUUCUGGGCAGCGUAUUGUUUCGAAGUAGUCCGGAAACGUCGAACCUGGAGAAUAUUCGAAUGAUGGCCAACGCAGCGUUUGCCGUAGUGGCGGGGAAGAAACAGAAAAUGGAUGUUAUGCGAAUAGAGGUGCUGCCGAAUGAGGCCGACGAGAAGGUUCCCGAUAAGCCGGUUUAUGCGGUCGGAAAUCUGCAGUGGGGAGCGUUUAGGGAUAUUUUGGCGUUACGAGAUAAAUACUGGUAUACGGGGUCGCUGCGGGACUAUACGGCUUUUCUGUUUAAUGCUUUCGAUGGCUCGCACACGUGGAGCUGUAAGGCGAGGGUCAUUGUUACGGACCCAUGUCCCGGUUGCAAGCGGUGCUUUCAGGACAAUCAGCUGCAGCAAAGUACUCCCCAACAAACAACACGACGGUGGUGGUCAGCGUUUGUGCCGAAAGGUGGAGCUGGGCAGGGUGUUGACUAUUCAAAGGUGCUUAAUGAAAACUGUUCUGUUCCUAGGGAGUUGGAAAUUGAUCCGUCAGAGUUAAUUUUGGAAACUAACAAUAUAGAUAACCGGGGUGAAAUAGGUAUUCCUAAGUUGAGUUUAAAAAUAGGCGUUGCUGCAGAUUCUAGCAUUAGUUUUCUGACCAACAGUUGGUCACGGCUAUGGAAUAGGCAAUAUAGCGAAUGCCCAAUCGAAACCAGCCUUGGUGCGAGGACGGUUGAACUGAUUCCGACUAAGCUUAAAGUGGAUGAAAGUGAAAAGGACUUAUUCUAUUCCAUAGAUAAUGAAGCCUACGAGGUGAGACCAGUGCGAGUGACACUAAUUCCAAAAGCUGUAGAGGUCUUUACGUUUUAAGUUUUAAAGUUGUAACCUAAAAAAGUUCCAAUCAACUAAACUAGUCCGGAAGUCAUUCUUGUUUUGUUUCAAAUAAAAAAAGUUAAAU